AUGUCGGGAAUAGGCGCAGAGCUUCCACCACACUUGCUCGCGAAGCGAAAGAGACAGCAAGAAGAACAGGCCUCACAGACGUCCACCACAACCUCCGGCGCAAAACGGUCACAGAGUCCAGAUGGGCCAGAAAAGCGGCGGAAGGUUAUAGGACCAGCGAUGCCUCCUGCACCUUUGGAGGAGAGACCAUUAGAGCCAGCAGACGCAGGUGAAGAUGAAAGCAGCGACGAUGACGACUUUGGACCUUCACUGCCCACUGGUGACGACGGCACCGGCGAAGUAACAGACAAUGGCGGCAGCGCUUUCGCCGACACUGAUGCGGCAACAACUGCAAAGCCAAAGAGAGACGACUGGAUGACGAUGCCUCCGAAGCAAGACGACCUCGCCGCGAGAAUGGACCCUUCGAUACAAAGACCCAAAGCGUUCAACUCGGGCAAAGGCGCACGAGCAACGAAUCCCGGAGCAGACGAUAGUUCAACCUGGCAUGAGACACCCGAGCAGAAACGCAAACGUCUAGCAGAUGAGAUGAUGGGGAUUGGAGCACCCAGUAGUGGAGCACGCCCACAAUCCACCAAGGCCGCGAGUGAACAUGACGCUCAUCGCAAGAUCAAGGAGCAUGUGGACAAGUCGCGAGGGCCAUCACUUAUGGAGCAGCAUAAACAAGCCACAAAGGACACGGAGCCCGAGGACGACCCUAGCAAGCGAGCAUUUGACCGUGAGAAGGAUAUGGGACAUGGAGGACGCAUGUCUUCUGUUCAGAAGAAGGAAAUGCUCAACAAGGCAGCUGAUUUCUCGGGAAAGUUUUCUGGAGGAUCGUAUCUGUGA